AGAAAGAAGGGGAAAAAAAAACCGACCGGUGAAGGGAGAGAAAUAAUAAUAUGUGUAUGGGGAGGGGCAGCGCGCUUGUUCCCGGUGACGCUUUUGGUUGUUCGACGUCACGGGAAAACCUCCGUUCUCGUCCGCCGCUGCGAUCGAACGCGUUCCGACUCUUUCCUACUCAACAGCCGAAACCAGGAACUGUCAAUCACACCCGAUUAAUUAUUAUUGAGGCCAGCGUGGAUUGAAGGAAUUGCCAGUGGAAAAUAUUACUUACUGGUUACCCCACGCUCCCGCAAUGGCGUCCCGAUCCCCCACUGCCGCCAUCACUCCCCUGCCAAAGCUGUCUUCCGCGCCCGAGACCCCUGCCAAAGACCCGACAGCUACCACCACCACCACCACGACGCCGCAAGCCGUGCCUUUUCCACCUCCGCAGACCUUAGAUAUCAUCCCACCAUUGCACGGUCUUCUCCUUCGGUUGCUUUCUCCCUCGAACAAUGCCACGGGCCCAGGAGCUGCCGGAGAUGCCACGGGCGCGGGAGGUCCUUCAGACGCUCAGUCUCAACAACAGCAACAGCAGACAGCGACGGGAAGCGGAAAUGGCCAACAUCCUGCAGUAGGGCCUGCCUCCAUGGCCGCUGAAAUCGCCGCCCUUAGUUCCAACGCACCUCCUCCGCUUGACAUCAAAGACCUCCCCACGGAAGCCAGCUCCAUCAAGAUCCGGAUCCAAAAAGCACAAGCAGUGGUGGAAGGACUUCCAGAUGUGCAGCGUUCUGUUGCAGAGCAAGAUCAGGAGAUUGAUGAGCUCGAGGACCGUAUUGCCAAACUGCAAUCGGUCAUCUCUGACUUUGGGAGAAGAGCCGGUCAGACGAACUCUCAACAAUCCAAGAUGCAGACUUGAGGACAACGUUGGCAUAUAUGGACAAUACAAUCAAGGUUCUCCUAGCGCUUUCAGUUGGGCAGGAAGCUAUUGUUGGGCGGCUCGAUCACUGGGAAGGGACCUUGGCUGUCAACGGACAGAUGCGCUGGUCUUGUGAUAUAGCAGACAUUCUAGGGAUCUGCCAACUCGGUCAAUAAGCAGUACGCGACCUCUGUGGAAUUAACAUCCCGGAACGAUUCACACGAAACCAACUCGAUCACGCAUGCUCUUUGAACGUAAUGUAUGGGCGAUGUGACAGC